UGAACGUCAAAGAAAGAUAGAGAGUACGCUCACAGCGCCAAAAGCGUACUCUCCGAAUCCAACCUAUAUGUUCUGUGGUGAUAUCGCGUCGCUCGCAGAUAAUCUCCGCCUUUUAUAUUUUUGGCUAUACCGUAAUAAAAAUGUCGGCAUCGGUGACAGCGAAGCUUCAGGACGAUAUGAAUAGUAUACCUCUGGCGGACGACGAUCCUCAGGUGAUAAUACCAGAAGAAGAAAUGCUGGACAAUGCCUCACAUAUAUCUGAUCCACUAGGCAGAGGACGUAGUAUGGAUUCUAUACCGUCGACUUUUACUAACGGAAGCUGUAGUCCUAACAGCUUAGAUCCAGACAUUAGUCCAGAUGAACAAGAAGAGAAAGCUAGACUGAUUGCACAAGUUCUUGAACUGCAAAAUACUUUAGAUGAUUUGUCACAAAGAGUGGACAGUGUGAAGGAAGAGAAUCUCAAAUUGAGGAGUGAGAAUCAGGUUUUGAGCCAGUACAUUGAGAAUUUAAUGUCAGCGUCGAGUGUGUUUCAAUCAACAAGUCCUAACACCAAAAAGAAGUAAACUACAUUAUAUUAAUUAAAUAAAUUAGACAAUUUUUGUUAUAGAUCUUGGAAUAAUUGAAGUGAAGAGUUGUGAGAAAUCCCAUAUGUGCAUGUGUAUUUAAUUACGAUUUACAUUUAACAAAAGAUACUGGAUAAUUUUUAAAAAUCUUUAUGUAUUUUGCUUAAUUUAUCUUUGUAUAUACUUUGUAUGGGAAGAAAACUCUUUCUUUCUCUGAUAAUCUUAUAAUCUGAUUUUUAUAUAUGUAUAUAUUCAAAGAUGUUUGAUUAUAUCUGACUAAAAAAUCAGAUUAUAAAAUUAUCAGAGAAAGAAAAAGUUUUCUUUCCAUACAAAGUAUAUGCAAAGAUAUAGUACACACACACACACACACGCACACAUAUAUAUAUGUAUGUAUAUGACUAUAUAAUGCAUUCACUGUAACUGUGACUUGAAACACGCUUAUAAUUAUAAUUAUGCACCAAAGA